AUGACGGAGUGGACUCUGCUCAAACGCCUCCUGGACGCUGUCCACCACCAUUCCACCAUGAUCGGACGCCUGUGGCUCACCGUCAUGGUCAUCUUCCGGCUGCUCAUCGUUGCUGUGGCAACUGAGGAUGUGUACACUGAUGAGCAGGAGAUGUUUGUGUGCAACACGCUGCAGCCAGGAUGUUCCACCGUGUGCUACGAUGCAUUCUCACCCAUUUCGCAGCCUCGCUUCUGGGUUUUCCACAUCAUAAGUGUCUCAACUCCAUCGCUUUGUUUUAUCAUCUACACAUGGCAUAACCUGUCCAAGCUGCCACACGGCACCCGCCAGAAACAGGAGGUAUAUGAUCGUAGCUGUGACUCCGACAGCUGCUCCAUCCACUCGCAUAAACAUCUGGGUCACAGCCUGGCAGAUGUGCUGGAGGGCGUCUCUAUCCAUAGAGCCCUUAACAACACAGUCUCCUUGAACCAGGGUAACGCAGGAGUUCAAGUGGUUUCUGGAGGAGUUCUGUCCAAGUGUUACAUUUUUCAUGUGUGUUUACGGGCUGUCCUGGAAGUUGGGUUUGUGCUGGCCCAGUGGAAGUUGUUUGGCUUCCAUGUGCCUGUUCAUUUUCUUUGUACCUCGUCCCCCUGCAGCCAGCCGGUGGACUGUUACAUCUCCAGGCCCACAGAGAAAACAAUCUUCCUGCUCUUUAUGUUCUGUGUUGGGGUUUUUUGCAUCUUGCUCAACCUGCUGGAGUUAAACCACCUGGGCUGGAAAAAGAUCCACCAAGCAGUGAGGCUGACGGAGGGGGUGUCCUGGAGAGCUUGUCCAGGUAUGACAGGUGGGUAUAAAACUUUCUUGUCAGACAGCCCAUCUUUGACUUCUUCUUUUGGCUUUAGGGAAGUGACCAACACCACCUCACUGCCCUCUCUGGACCUGGUGGUGGGUCACCAAUCUGAAUGGACCUGUGCUGUGAACUUUGGUGAUGGGAGGGGGCCAGGGGAAGCCAGAGAGACGAGACAGGAAAGAUCAAAGAGACAACACUCCCAUAAGGAGAGGCAACCUUUAAAGAAGGAGAGGGAGACUGGAGAGUCCAAACACAGGAGUGCAGAGGUCUGGAUCUAG